AGGAGUUUUAGGAGAUGUCUUGAACUUUGCUUUUUGCCAUAAAUCUCCUUCCCCCCACUGUAAAAUUAUAUUUUUGGCCUCGGAGGGUGCGAGGUCCCUUGGGAAUUUCAAAAAGAAUGAAUUUUCACACCAGAUGGACCUGGAUGAGGGCAAGGGUGGGACAGGGCUGCGCCAGUAUUACCUAUCCAAGAUUGAGGAACUGCAGUUGAUAGUCAAUGAUAAGAGUCAGAAUCUCAGGCGACUGCAGGCUCAGAGGAACGAACUUAAUGCCAAAGUACGCCUGCUUCGUGAGGAAUUGCAACUUCUGCAGGAACAGGGUUCCUAUGUGGGUGAAGUGGUGAGGGCUAUGGACAAAAAGAAGGUGCUAGUCAAGGUUCAUCCAGAAGGCAAGUUUGUGGUUGAUGUGGAUAAAAACAUAGACAUCAAUGAUGUGACACCAAACUGUCGUGUUGCUCUGAGGAACGAUAGCUACACAUUGCAUAAGAUACUACCAAACAAAGUGGAUCCUCUGGUUUCAUUAAUGAUGGUGGAGAAAGUACCAGAUUCCACCUAUGAGAUGAUUGGUGGUCUCGACAAGCAAAUAAAAGAGAUUAAGGAAGUGAUUGAGCUUCCAGUUAAACAUCCAGAGCUUUUUGAAGCUUUGGGCAUUGCUCAACCAAAGGGUGUGCUAUUGUAUGGACCCCCUGGUACUGGGAAAACUUUGCUGGCCCGGGCUGUGGCUCAUCACACUGACUGUACUUUCAUCCGUGUCUCUGGCUCUGAACUUGUGCAAAAAUUCAUUGGAGAAGGUGCACGAAUGGUACGUGAGCUGUUUGUUAUGGCACGGGAGCAUGCUCCUUCCAUCAUCUUCAUGGAUGAGAUAGACUCCAUUGGUUCUUCUCGCUUGGAAGGUGGAUCUGGUGGGGACAGUGAAGUUCAGCGUACAAUGUUGGAAUUGCUCAACCAGCUUGAUGGUUUUGAAGCUACUAAGAACAUCAAGGUAAUUAUGGCAACCAAUCGCAUAGACAUCUUGGAUUCAGCACUGCUUCGUCCUGGCCGCAUUGAUAGAAAAAUUGAAUUCCCACCUCCAAAUGAAGAGGCUCGUCUAGACAUCCUGAAGAUUCACUCUCGUAAGAUGAAUCUGACAAGAGGAAUCAAUCUACGGAAGAUUGCAGAACUAAUGCCGGGGGCUUCUGGGGCUGAGGUCAAGGGUGUAUGUACAGAGGCUGGAAUGUAUGCAUUGAGAGAGAGGAGAGUACACGUAACUCAAGAAGACUUUGAAAUGGCUGUAGCAAAGGUUAUGCAAAAAGACAGUGAGAAGAACAUGUCUAUCAAGAAGCUCUGGAAGUAGUAAAAAAUUGCUGCUGUUUCGUCAAAUUACUUCCCAUUAUGUCAUUUACUUGUUUUUCAUGUAAUAAAAUAACAUAAAUGAUCAUAAGUGGUGGAGGGGAAAAGGGUGUUUUUUUUUAAAUAAUUUGUUCAGUUUUCAGCAAUGAAAUUAAUUACACGUUUUCUGUUAACAUUUUAGGAGAUGAGGUCCUCCUAAAAGCCUAGUUAAGUCUGUAGUGACAUGUCUUUGAAACUGCAUUUUCAGUUCUGUUUUCAAGAUUUUGUACUUCUAAUUUGUAUUAGAUAUGUGUGCAACUUGAUCAAGAACUGAAUAUUCUGUAUCACUCUGCUAUUUCAUGCUACUUCAUGACAAUUCUGAAAGCAAUUCUUCCAAACCAGACUAAUGUAGAAAACAAGAAGUCUGUUCCUGGGUUGAAAAAUUUUGUGCAUCCCUAAUAUCUUUGUACCUAUCAAAUGGUGGUAAAUAUAUUGAAAUUGUCAUAAUAAUUUUAAAGUAAAGGGGAGGAAAACUGCUUAGGGGAAAAAAUUACAAUUGGUGAUAAUAAAAAACUCAUUCAAAUCUUGUUAAAGGCCCCUCAUUAGCUUAUUUUGAUGUCUUCAAAGCAAGAACUGGAAUUGCAUCUGUGAAUAGAAACAGUUAACUAAAUAGGUUCCUUUGCUUUGUGAAGUGAAAAUUGUACCAUAACAAAAAUUUAACUAAAUACUGCUGUGAAUUUUUGGAAGUAAUUCUGCUAAUUAAACAUUGUAAUUUUGAGAUAGAGAACCUGCUUUCCCCAUCCUGUUCCCGCUCCCCUCCAAUAAACGAAGCAGUUGCAACUACCAGUA